AUGGCAGCCGAAAUUAUCACAUCUACGCACGCAGCCGCGAACUUGACCACAUCUCCCUUCCUACAAGAGGCGGUGGCUGGUACUUUUGCUGGUUGGGCCCAAGUAACAGUAGGGUUUCCUUUCGACACUGUUAAAGUUCGACUUCAAACUAACGGACAAUGGUAUAAAAAUGCGAUAGAUUGUUGUAAAUCUAUUGUCAGAAAUGAAUCGUUCCUUGGUCUUUACAGAGGGGUCAAUUCUCCUUUGAUGGGAAUUGGGAUCUGCAACGCAACUUUGUUUAGUGUAAACGCAAAUUUUCGUCGGAUGGUCAGUGGCGGUGACACGACACGAACGCUUUCAUUAUACGAAGUCGGUGCAUCCGGCGCACUUACCGGUGCGGUAAUGGCAUUCGUCAAUACGCCUGUGGAGCUACUUAAAGUUCAAUUACAAACACAACACACCGUUAAUGCAUCUACCUUUAAGCCAUAUAAUGGAGUAUUUGAUGCUGGAUUCCGAAUGCUUAAGAGUCGCGGAAUUGCCGGUUUAUAUCGUGGCAUCACAAUAACCAUACUGCGAGAUGUGCCAAGCUUUGCGACAUAUUUCUUUGUAUACGAGGGGACAAAACAAAUAAUAGGAAAUCGAAAGCAAGGAAAUGAACGUGGAAAUCUUUCAUCCUUGGAAUUACUUUUUGCUGGUGGAAUGGCUGGUAUUGCCUGUUGGGUUCCUUGUUAUCCACAGGAUGUGAUCAAGAGUAGGAUGCAGAGUGAUCUCAAAUACAAAUCAACUGUUGAAUGUUUUCGUGCAUUAAUUGCGCACUCCCGAGAAACAAAUACUUCAAUAUUUCGCGCUUUUUCUAAGGGUUUUGGACCUACAAUGGCGAGAGCUUUCCCUGCCAAUGCGGCGACAUUCUUUGCUUACGAAAUGAUAGUCGAAAAAUUACGUUAA